AUGGCCCGACCAAUAAAUAAGAAAAAUCUCAAACCUAUUUUAGAAGAAUUAUCAGCUGAUUGGAAUGAAAUUUCGAAGCUACCGUUAAAGUCUCAGAAACUCAUGAUUUCCAAUGCAAAACAUGGAAGGCUGCUCAGUUUGUAUCUUCUCAUUUUUUUGUAUUCUUCAGCAUUUGCUUUUCUAUUAACACCAAUAUUUUUGCUGUGGAAAAGGAGAUCAGUUAACGAAACUGUUCAAAGUCUGCCGUUUAAGUCUCAUUAUCCUUUUGAAUUUAAAACUUCGCCAACCUACGAAUUUAUUUACAUCUCGCAAUGCGCUUCAGGCAUUGUUAUUACAAUAAGUACGUAUGUUGGUCGAAAGGUCUACGAAUUAAAAUGGUAUAACAUCAAACCACAACAUGUUCGUUCAAUGAUAUUAAUUAUGAUUCGAUCCCAGAAACCACUGGAACUUUCUGCAAGAAAUUUCUUCUCUAUGUCUUUUUCUACAUUCACCAAUAUUAUAAUGUCAGCUUUCUCGUAUGCAUCAUUUCUCCUGGCGAUAAACGAAAAGAUCCUUUAA